AUGAUUUGGAAAUCCACAGUCCUUCUGGCAAGCCUCGUUGGCAUUGUAUCGGCAUCGUGUUCGCACGAUGGCUGUUACCAAGGCAUCGUUGCGGAGGCCACAGGCAUCGCCGACUGCGAGGCGUAUUUGGAGGUGGCCUAUCCUGAGCCAACCGCCACUCAGACUGUCACUUGGACGGCAAGCCCCACGACGGUGUCGCGCACGGUGACCGACACCUCCUACCUUUCUGCUGCCGCAACGGACGUGGUCCGGACGACAGAGACCGAGACGACAACCAUCAUCACGACGCCCUACAUAGAGGCUGUUGCGACGGCGACGACGACAGUCGACGCCACGGAUUUCGCGUACCAGACGACAACGCUCGUGACCGUCACGCGCCUCUCUGGCGGCGACAAGACGCGGCGCGUGGCUCCCACGACAACUGUGCCGUCUGUGUGGCCGACCACCGUCCCUGCUUACGCCGCCGAGUGUCCCAAUGCCGCCGCGUACAAGUGUGCCUGUCUCUGUGCCGGUGCCACGGUCGGCUCGACAACAUGCUCACCGUCUCUGGCCGCCACAACGACCACAACGGUCACGACCACCGUGACACCCACCGUGACGGAGACGGUGCACGUGUCUGCAACCGACACGACCACAGGGCUCACGGUCACGACGACCGAGACAGCGACCCAGCUGGUCGGCCGCAUUUCGAUCGCGCCGGGCAGGACGUUCACGACGUUUACGGACACGACCACCACAGCGACCGUGGAUGUACAGACGGUGACGGGCGGUACGCUGACAGAGACCGUGACGGUGACGCCGUAG